AAAUGAUGCGCAGAUUGGCUGGAUCAUCUCAAAAACCACCACCCCCCCGAUUCCCUUCACAGCGGUAUGAAAUGCUAGGGGGGUGAGGGCUCCUGUAGAGGGGAUGGCACAAUCCUCUCUUCUCCUAUUCCACUCCCACCCUCUGGUAUAUCCACCUUACUGUGAUUCCUAUGGUUGAGGAGGCGCGCUUCAUCGUCAACCCCAACACUAUCCACCCCCACCCACCACACUGACGUAACAUCCAACUCGUCACCGCAGACUGACUCCCUGUGACUACGAUUAUUAUCUCAUUUACCGGUGUAGGGCUUGCACGCGUGUAUCGAGAAUCGGUGGAAGAACGAAUUUUCUGCUCUUAGGGAAGUUCUUUGACUUUUUUGUGUGAAUUCGUGAGGUUGUUUCUCGAAAAAGUUCAGAUCGAAACAACAAAAAAAAAUGACGACAACAACGGGUGAUUCAUCAAGCAUGAAAACCCCAUCAACCCUUUCUGGAGGUGAUUUGGUAUCUCGUUUACUCGCCGCAACGCCGCCCUACCUCUACAACGUCCCCCUGACGCCACACAGUUUCUUCUUCAGCGAAAUGUUGCGAUCAUUUGUUCAGGCAAAGUCCGAGUCGGCGACUUCCUCGACAGCUACGUCGCCGCCGGGUAUCAAUCGCCGACGGAAGAGAUCAUGGCGCGACGCCCGAGACAGGCCAUUAGAGCUUACCACUAAGGAUAAAAACCCUCAGCAACAUCAUGAGCCCCCCACUGAGAAGUACUACCACCAUCAGGACAUACCGGAGAGCCGAUUCAAGCCCGACAAUUUUGAUGCCGAGUUGAAGCCCCAGAGUUUUGAAGAGAAAUCGAAUUUUAGUGCUGAUAUAGUGAAACCCGUUGAGGAGAAUCAUUCGGAGUUUGUAAAGCAGGCGAGGAAUUUUUACGAUGACUCGUCGAGGCUCUUUGGGGUGGAUCGAAUGGCCCAACACGAAUCGAUCUUCCCUUCCAAUCAGAAAAUAAAACCGGAGGAGCAGAUCAGUCAUCAAAACGAUAGGAAGUACGAGACUGACCGCCAGAGGAUGAAUCAGGAAAUGUCAUUUGCUCAGGAGCAAAAGAACAAGAGUGACUUCUCAGCGAGGAGCUUUGUGCCCGGUGUUGGGGUACGGCCGGAAGAGCUAUCAACAGGCCAGAAGAAUUUUCUGCCUCCAGCUGUUCCAAAUGCAGAAUUUCUGCCGGGACCUAUGUGGUAUCCGCCCUAUCCCCUGCCUCAAUCCUAUCCAGGAAUUGAUCCGCUUCAUUUCUUCAUCGACUUGCGUGUCUCCGGACAUAUUUGGGAUCGGAAAAUCAGCGAGAGACAAGCGCCUUUAAGAAACAAACACUGUUCGGCUUUCAGUGUUCCUCAGGCCAAGGAAUUCAACAAUAGACCACUGAAUCUCACUAGGGAUGAAGCUAGUACAUCUAAGAAGCCUGAUAAUUGUCGUGGGACCCAUUUCAUUCUCAAAAAUCUUAUGAGGACAUACAAGGAUAUUAAGGAGGUGGAAAAGAGGCUUCGAGAGGAGAGAGAGAAGGAACAACUGCCAGACUGCGAAUCUGUCGAUGAUUCAUCGAAGGAGGAUGCGAGCUCCUCGCCGUCGAGCCAGGACGAGGAGAAUAGAAAAGAUAUCAGGGCACUCAUCGGCCUCGAGCUCGUUGUCGAUUAUGUGAAAGAGCCCAAGGAGGAACCCAAAACAAUCGAGUAAAAUUGUUAAAACCAUAAAAUCCACCUCUCUCAAUUCAGUUAUUUCUCAUCAAUUUCUUCAUUUGCAACGAAUUAUUCGAUUAUUUUCUGUAUCAGAAAAUCAAAAACAAUGAUAAAAAAAUGAAAAAAUUAUAAUUGCCAAAUUAUCUAAAUCAACAGUCGAAUGUUCUGUUCUUUGUAAAAUAAAAAAAACUGUAAAUAAUUAAUUGUCAAUUUAUUCUUAGAAAUUUCAGGACAUCUACACGUGUCUCGUUACUAAAUAAUAAAUGAAAUGUAAGAAACGGUGUAGCAAGGUAUUAAUUGUGUAAAUUUUAUUCAAAUGAAAUAAAAACAUAUA